UUCUUGCCAAUCACAUACAUAAUUAGCCUAAACCAGUUUCUCUACAAACCAAACACUUUAUCAUUAUGGCUGCAAAUCCAAUAACAGUUUUGUUCUUUCUUCUAAUCACUCAAAUAUUAUUAUUCACCAUCUCAACUGCUCAACAAAAUAAUACCACCAAAAUGAUCAGUCUUAACUCUUCAAUCUCUACUUCAACCAAUAAUUCCUAUUGGCUAUCAAAUUCAGGCCAAUUUGCAUUUGGUUUCUACAAACAAGGCAAUGGCUUUGCCAUUGGAAUCUGGUUUGACAAGUUAAAGGAGAAGACAGUCAUAUGGACAGCAAACCGGGAUCAACAGCAGCCACUCCCACAGAGCCCAACACUUGCUUUGAAUGAUUUCGCCAACUCUGUUUCCCCUGAUCAGCCUGCUGCCUCAGCUUCACUGCUCGAUUCGGGUAAUUUUGUCCUCUACAACUCAGAUUCCGAGCCCAUAUGGCAGAGCUUUAAACAUCCAACCGAUACCAUUUUGUCCGGACAGCGUUUAGAGACAGGAAAAGUUCUCAUCUCAGCUGAUUCCAACACAAAUCACUCGUCCGGAAGAUUUCAAGUUAUCAUGCAGACCGACGGUAAUCUAAUCCUGCGUCCAACAAGCAGUGGUGUUUUAGCUUAUCACACAUAUUGGUACUCGAGUACAGAUGGAAACCAGAACACAAUUCUGAAUCUUGAUUUUAAUGGUCAAUUAGACUUGAUGAAUUCUACAAGUAAGAGUAUCAUAAAGACAAUUCAUGCUGCAGAUUUACUCAAUGGGAGGAUUAAUAAUGUUACUUAUCGUCUAACACUUGAUGCAGAUGGAAUAUUAAGAUUAUAUUCUCACAAUUUGUUUAAUGACAACAGUUGGAGUAUUAAAUGGAAUUCAACUAACAAUAGGUGUGCUCCAACUGGCUUGUGUGGUAAUAAUGCAUAUUGUGAUCUUAUUCAAAAUGAAGAACCCAAUUGUAUAUGUCUUCCUGGUUUUGAUUUCAUUAAUCAAAACCAGAAAAGUUUAGGCUGUGAAAGGAAUGGUACCAACAUAAAUUAUUGCACAAUGGAUAACAGUGAUAAUGAUCACAACACACGAAUGUUUUCGGUUAAGGUAUUGGAUGGAGUUUUGUGGGAAAAUGGCUCAAACUCUUCCUCUGUUCCAAUAAACAACAAGUUUGCUUGUGAGAAAGAUUGUUUGGAUGAUUGUAACUGUGAAAUCGCUUUGUUUGCUAACAACAUAUGCAACAAACUUCUUCCUCCUCUGAGAUACUCCAAAGCUGUUGAUUCACAAAGUGGUGAAACAGCAACAACCAUUGUCAAAGUACGUAAUGAAAAUUAUAGUGACACCCCAUCAUUGAAAGAAGUCAAGAAAGGUCAGGCAAUGCAUAUCUUAGUGAUUGGUAUUGUGUGCAUAGUAUUUUCCAUCAUUAUCCUUUUCAUUUCAAUGUUUCUGUUUUGGAAAAGUCAUUUCAACUCUAGUAAAAAAGCCAUUUUUGUAGAUGAAGUAUUGGCUGUUAGAUCAUUUACUUAUAAUGAGCUUGAAAUAGCUACAAAAUCUUUUGCACAACAGUUGGGUAAGGGCUCUUUCGGAACGGUUUUCAAAGGAAACUUAAGAUUCCCUUAUGGGGAAAGAGCCAUUGCUGUGAAAAGACUAGAGAAAGUUGCUGUAGAAGGAGAUGUUGAGUUCUUAAAUGAAAUGAGAUCCAUUGGUAGAACUCACCACAAAAAUCUAGUUCGUUUGAUUGGUUAUUGUCAUGAAAAAUCAAACAAGCUUCUAGUUUAUGAUUACAUGAGCCAUGGAUCACUAUCGAAAUUUCUCUUCAAAUCAGACAUGAAACCACAUUGGGAUGAAAGAGUGAGAAUAGCGUUGGGAAUCGCUAGAGGCAUUAGAUAUCUACAUGAAGAAUGUGAAAAUAAGAUCAUUCAUUGUGACAUAAAUCCCAACAACAUACUCAUAGACGAAAACCGUUGUGCUAAGAUUUCUGAUUUUGGAUUAGCAAAGUUGUUGAUGCCGGAUCAAACAAAGACGAACACAGGAAUUAGAGGGACGAGGGGGUUCGUUGCUCCAGAGUGGCACAAGGGACAGCCUAUUACAACCAAAGUUGAUGUGUAUAGCUUUGGCAUUGUUUUGUUGGUGAUCAUAUGUUGUCGUCCUAGUGUUGAUGCAAGUGUUCCUGAGAAAGAAGCCAUCUUAGUUGAUUGGGUUGAUGAGUGUUUUAGGAUCAAUAAAUUAAGAAUUCUUUUUCAAGAUGAUGAAGUGGAUGAGGUUGAGUUUCAUAGAUUGGUGAAGAUUGGUCUUUGGUGUAUACAAGAAGACCCAACAAUUCGUCCUACAAUGAAGAAGGUUGUCUCCAUGUUUGAAGACACUUUAGUAGACAUUCCUAUUCCCCCAUGUAACGAUUCUUCUUCCUAUUUCUUGGAUAUAUCAGAUUCUUAAAUUUGUUAUUAUAAAUAGAAUAAAUGGGAUUUGUCUCCCAAUUAUGAUUAUUCUUGUAAAGUUUUGAAGUGAACUUAUAAAAACCAUUGCAAAUAUAUUAUUUA